GGAAUUAUUGAUAAAUAAAUGUGCGAUAUACAUUAUUAACAAACGUUUUCUUCAUAUUUAUUUGAUUAUACUUUAAAUAUCGUUAUAUUCAAUAUUGAUUACAAAUUUCAAUUUAAACUUUAAUCUUAAACAUGAAACUCUAACUUCCCAAUGUUAAAUAUAAAUCGAAUUCGUGAAUAUAUAAGGUCUAACUUCUGCAUUAUUAUAGUUUAGGCCGUGGAUCUAUUCUAGAACAUAAAAACCCAAACAAGGCCUGGAGACAUUGUCGUAUUUUCCGUCAAAAUAUCUCUCUAUGACAGGCAAUGACCGGUGAUAGACUACCACGUAUUCCUCACACCUUUCAUAGAUUUCACUAACUACAGAAAGGAAAGCCACUUCUUUCAACAGGUAUUCGACGCCUUCUUCUAAAUCAAUUGCGGUAUUCCUCCUGUUCUCCGACAUGUUUUCUUCGCGGCCAUUUUUCAGUGAGACAAGAGCAAGCUGGGUGCACCCCUGGAUAUCCUUCUGAAACUGAUCAUUCACUUCGUAUAAAUGUUUCACAUAGUUUAGAGCAUUGAUGUACGAGUCUGAGGUUUCGAUAUCACGACUCCAAUCGAUGUAUUCAGUCGAUUCAUUUUGUAUUCCACAAGAGUGCAUAGCUUCUUGACAUUUAUUUCGAAGACGAUUUGCAUUCAUUCUGGCAGACUUCUCUGGAUUCCUACUACGAAUAGCUCUGUAGUUGUGUUCAGAUAGUUUAUCCGUCAGAAACAGCAAGAUCUUAGAGAGAAAAUGCACAAUUAUUGAAAGUGUGGCUGGCUUUCACUCGUGCAGCAAAUGGUGUAACCGUCUGUGGAGUGUUAAAAUAAAUCCAAUCCUUUGUAUUAUUAAUCUUACCUUCUGAUCAGAGUUUUCCGUCGCAAAUUGAAACAUUUUUUGAAGAUUCUCCACUUUGUAGAAAAACGAAUUUCCAGGACUGAUUCCCAACAUAAUGGUUCGUUUGUUUUCUAAAUAUAUUCGACCAUUCUUGACAGUUUGUGAUUCUUCCAUUUUGAUGACAAUCUGAUGUUCACUGUGAGCUGGAGACGUUCACUAUGAGCUUUGUUCCAGAUCUUGAAACGACCAACUUAUUUCUAAUUCUAACACCCACACAUCACAUGAUUUCAUGCGGUAUGUGUCACAUGAUGGUACAUUUUCUUGCCAAAUACAUUAUGAAAACGCUAGUGCUAACUCGGCGAUCUAUUCUUGUGGACUCGAGAAUCUGCCUGUGGUCGAUACAUAGCUGGAUAAAUAGAAUGCUAGAACAUUUGACUUAUCAACAAAAAUAAUUCUUGCGAAAUCAAUUCUAAGUAUAAAUGCUUUAAGUUUUGACUUUUGAGUAUGCUACCAUUUUCCUGGGAAAUUACCUUCAGUAUUUUCACAUUGAUCGAGGUAAUAGUUUCCUGUUGAAUUCUGGGAAGAAUAUAUACAGUGCAAUAUUGUGCAAUAAUGCUACAUCAAAAUAAGAUAUUCUAAACGAUAAACGUUUCAACAUUAACCUAGUGACAGGAUGUUUUAAUCGAGCUAAACUUGAAACAACAUUCUAUAUAUUAGUUUUAUUAAUCAUAUAAAAAUUAAUAAUUUGAGAAAUAAUUCGAAGUAAAACUGUCGUGUAAUAUAUAAUAUCGGGGAAUAUUCCAAGAAGAUGAGAUCACGAGAAUGUGAAUUUUCCAAGAAGAUGAGAUCACGAGACGAAAUUUCAAUUACUGUCAGAUAUUAUAAGUGAUUUCUUCCCAUGUCGAAAUAUCUGCAAAUUGAUCAUGUGCUCAUCACAUGUUUAAUAGAAUAAAUAUAGACAGAGCUUCCAGGAAUAAAGCGCAGAUUGCUGUUAACUCACAUGAUUCAGGACUCAGCAGCAUUUUCACUUCCAACAGACUUACACAGAGGUACAUCUGCAGGUACAGUACGUAUUGUCAGGCAGUGCACAAUUUGAAGCAGCCAAGUUUGAAACAUGGACAACGUUGCUUACACAAUGUUAGCUGCGAUAAUAACCGCUAUUCUAGCUCUACCAGUUCUAUACAAGGUGCUACAGGUGGGUAGCGCAAAAUUCUUAAUAAUUAGAUAAAAUAUAAAUAGUUGUUUAGUGUUUCUAUACAUUACGCUGAGAACGAAAACUUUACAGUAUACGAUCUUGUUAGUUUACCACAAUGAACAUAUAUCAUGAAACCACUACCUCAGACUAGAAUUUUCUUUGAUUUACAUUAACGUGUAUUUUAUUUCCUAGUUAUGCUUGGUCGUCCUUCGAGUUCCUUGGAAAAACAAAGCUGGUCAACGAAUGCCAGGAGAACUCCCAAAGUUGCCAUUUGGUCAUUUCAAUGAAGUAAAUUUCUUUGGUCGAGAAUGUUCAAAAAAAUAUGGACCUGUUUAUUAUAUCUGGCAUUGCUUUGCACCUGUAGUGUAUGUCAAUGUAUACCUUUUCUAAGGCUUUUACAGUAAACUAAAAUAAUUCCUGAUAUAUUCUCAGAAAUAGUUUUUAAAUUUUCUUCUUUGACCACAUUCCUGCUGCCUCGUAACACUUAACUAUCGAUAGAAAAGAUUAUAUAUAAACUCUUCUUUUACAGAAUAUUAUCAGACGCGAAAGCCAUACGUACGUUUUAUACCGACCAUUAUUCCCAUGACCGUGAGAGCGAUAUGACUUGUCUGGGGACUGUGUUCAAAGGGAUCCUAGGUCGUUGCCUAGCAACAAGCCAUGGUAGAGAUGACGUCAGGAGAUGUAGAGGACCAUUUGAGAAAUACUUCUCGGCUACAGCAACAGCCAAUCAUAUGACAGUUAUAGGGCGGGAAUGUCAGGCAUUCAUGAAGACAUUGCCUGUAGGGCAGCCCAUAGAUCUGAAGGCAAGCAGACUAGAAGAUGUCACACUUCGCGUGAUUAUACAUGUAGUCUACGGGGCGGAAGUGCUCGAGAAAUAUUUUGAUAAGAUUGUCGAACUUGAAUGUCUGCUCCAAGAGACAGUAGGUUUGGUCAAUGUUGGUGCAACACGACUGCCAUUUUACUCAAACCUUCCCACUGCAACAAACAAGAAAGUAGUAGCUUUCAACAAAGCAUGGACUACAUUCAACCGCUUCUUGUUUGCCUUAUUUGAAGAAGGAAAGAUAAGCGGUGGGGAUGGGCUGUUUUUCGAAACCAUGGCACUGCUCAAGACUCAUGCUUUGGAAAUUGAUGAGGAAGAGGUGGGUACAUGAAGUUAUGAUUUAGGACAUGAGAUGCAGAUAUAAAUAGGAACACAAUAGGGUGAUUUAGGAUAAUAUAUAUAUUCGAGAAUAACGAAAGCAUAAUCAAAAUGAGAAAACUGUGCUUUUAUUCUUCUCAAUGAUAGACGUAGUCUUGUAUUUAAAGGUAAAUCAAUGGAAUAAAUAAUGAUAAACCCAGCAACCAAACACAUGUAAAAUUGCAGAAGACAACAAGACAGCAACAGGAAUGAAACAACAAAUGGUCUGAUUUGAAGCCUAUAUUAUUUUUGUGUGUUAUUUCAGCUUCUCCACUCAGUAGAUGAAAUCCUCUUACUAAACAUUGAUGUGAGUUUCGCAGCCACGUCAUUUGCCCUGUCAGACCUCGCUAGGUACCAGGACAUUCAAGCAAAACUCCGAGCCGAGGUGGAUGAUGUAUUACAAGGAUGUGAACCAAGCAGCUGUGAGGACCUGGACAAGAGAUUACCAUAUAUGGAAAUGGUUCUGAAAGAAAGUGCUCGUAUGCAUCCUGCACUAGCGCUCAGUCUCCCGGAGAAGACAGUGAAGAGUGUCACUGAGUUAGGAGAUUAUCAAAUACCUCAAGGGGUAAAGCUUUCUUAGACAUAUUAAUAAGAUCAAAAUAUUAUAAGACAACGAGACGCGGCUUAGAGAACAGUACUAGUGGAGUUUCCAACACAAUGAGAAGCAUAUUUGUUAACCCAAAUAGAAAGCUAAAACAGCUGAAAGGAUUUCACAUUAAAAAAAUUUUUCUUGUUCUUACAGACUCCAGUAUGCGUCGACACGUACUCGCUGAACUACUCUGAGACAUACUGGAAAAAUCCAGAAGAAUUUAACCCCGAGAGGUUUUCUGCCGGUCGGAAUCCAGUCCCUGGAUCAUUCUUCCGGUUUGGUAUGGGUCCUAGGAAAUGUCUAGGAUAUCGUUAUGCACUGGCUAUCACUCGAGUGGUUGUCACUUCAUUUUUACAGAAUUUUGAACUGCAACUGAGUGAGACUGAAAAUUGUGUUAAAGUUAAACAAGCAGGAAUGCCAUUUUUUACACCGUAUCUUUGUCCUGAGAUAGUCUUGCAACGUAGAGACACUUAGUUAUGUAUAACCAGAAAAUUAUAUAGCGCCUGCGUACGAGGCAAAAGAAUGUUAACAAAACUAGAAAUAUCUCAUUUGAUAUAGUGUUUGUAAAUGAAGCUAUUUUUUAUAAUUCAAAAUAAAGUUUUCAUUCGUUCAUUCAUUUAUUCAAAAGCCUUUGUAACAGACAUUUGGCUCGAUGUUCGUUAUUGACAUCGCGUUGGGACUAUACCUCUUCAUUGUUUGUGAUCCGAAAAAAUAUAGUACUGUUUAAUAAACGAGCAGCAGUGUUUUAUUAGCCAAUAAGCUUAUGAAUUAUUAAUGAUGUUUGAAACGUGUUUUCAUGUACAGUUUAAGAUUCAGACUAUGUGCACACGGUAACGUUUUCGAGCGUUUUCAUUUGUGUUUUCACGCUAAAACGGAUACAAACACUAUCAGUUUAUGACAGAAGUUGUACUUUAUUUAAUAUAUCCGAGAUAUUUUCCUUUGGGCUGUGCGAAUACGGCGUCAAAACGAUUUUACGGACAAAAACGUUUUUCAAAACGCUGCAAAACGACGCCCGUGUGCACAUAGCCUCAAUUAAUUAAAUCUACUCAAACGACCCUGUUCAGUACAAUGUCAUGACAGUACGUCUAAAAAUUCUUGACUUAUCAUUUCUUCCAAGACAUAUCCUUUAUGUUACUUAAUCCGUCCAUGUAUAGCUGUUCUAUGCCAAUGUUUCGUAAAAUAUACUUUAGAUAUUAUUUUAUCUUUAGUUAUAAUUAAAUAGAGCAUUUUGAUACAGAAUACUGAUACAUACAUAUAUACCACUUUGUUUUACUCACGACUGCUAUGUCUUUAAGCUUUCUCUGGUUUCCAUUCUGGAUCAAAAUGACUUUUAAUAUCAGACCAGACCUUGUAGUAAUCUUUGUCCAGUUUCUCUGACGUUUCUGCCGCCCAUUUUGUAACAGCCAAACUUAGACACGACUCGAACAUGAACGCCUAAACCAAAGAGAAUUAGGAAAAGUGAGGCAACUGUCUUCGUCGCCACCUGACGAGAGAGAUAAAGACAACUUCGAGG